AUGUUCUCGGACAUCAACUGGCCGAGCCUCAUAGCUUCCGUCAAAGCCCCUUUCUCAGAGCUUCAAACAACCCGCUGCUUCCUAAUCCCCUCCGACCUCGAACGCGACCUCCACGUACUUCACUCCUCUUUCACGAUCAUCCAAGGGUUCUCCCAGCUCCUAGCCUGCAUCGUCGACGACCCCACCCUUCAAGCCGAGUACCCCAAGAUCCUCACCACAGUCCCCGGCGCCGCCGAUGGCACUCUCCUCAAGACGUUGUACUACAUCCUCAUAACCUUCGCAUGGGUGUACACGGAUAACCGGAUCGCGUCUGUGCGUGGGGUCGAGCAGCUUGAUAGACACUACAUCUCGCACGCCAAGAAGGUGGCGAGCCUGGUGAAGUUAGUCAACUGCGUUGGGGAGUAUGUCAGGUUCGUGGCGGUGGGGGAGACGGACGACACGAUGGAGGCGGAGCUGAAGAUGUCGUGUGCGGUGUUGCUGUGCAGUUUGCAGUGUGAGGAGGAGGAGAAACAGAAGCGCAAAGAUGGCAUGUCUGGGAGGGCCAUGAAGGAGGAAUGGUUGAAGGGGUUUAUGUCUGACAAUAUGGAGGAGUGA